AUGAGCAACAAUCUUCGCGAGCUGGAGAAGCAGGACAGAAACGCCAGGAAGGCUUUGGAAGGAAUGCAAUAUUUUCUCGAACAUUAUGAGCCCAACCAAGUUGACCAAUUGCCGGUGCGUCUCCAAAGAUUGGAAGAAGUCUUCAAAGAGUUCCACGCGGUUCGUAGGAAGAUAGAGCUGCUGACCGACGAUGUCUUCGACGAACAGGAACUCGAACAGAAGGAGUCUGACCAGAAGGAGUCCAAGGAGCAGCGAAAAGCCCGUAUUGUCGGCUUGCGUGCGGAACGAGAAGAGCAAAAUGUAAAGAUUGUAAUGAAAGUUGAGAACCUCUAUUGUAAAUUAAAGGCUGGUUUUACACGGUUGUUGCCCGUUGCCAAUCCUGUCGUUCAACCAGUGCCCCAAGCCGCUACAGCCGCCGUUUCUCGGGUGAAGCUGCCUGAAAUUCGUCUACCAAGUUUCAGUGGACAGCUGAGAGAAUGGUUGACAGCUACGGAUAAGUUCACGUACCUGCGGUCAUCGUUGACCGAAGAAGCCCUCCAGGAAAUCAACUCUGUUGAAGUUACCGAAGCGACCCGGAUAAAAAUUUACAGUACCUUGUUUCUAAAAAUGAAGAUUCCGGAUAGGUCGGAUGCAGUACGUCGAACUAAGUUGUGCUUUAACUGUCUGUCUGCGGGACAUCAGGCAAAGUCAUGUGUCAAGGGCUGCUGUCACCACUGUCAGCAGAAACAUCACUCACUGUUACAUCCUGAGUCAAUUUCGCAACAAAUUCCACCGGUCACAUCCCCCGUCCCGUCGCAGACGAUUCCACGCGUGUCAAUUCCGCAGCAACAAUCACAAUCACACAGCCAAGGCCAAUACACUCAUCACCAGACCACACAACCCUCCACGAGCGCUCUCCCUAUCACUCACUCACCAAACACUCAGCUACCCUCCACCACAAACCAGACAUGCACAGACCAGAAUAAUGUUUCACUACCAGUCUGUAUACAGAACCGCACUGGAGACGUUCUCCUGUCUACAGCAAUCAUCAAUAUCAAGGAUCAGUAUGGAGCAACACGACUAGCUAGAGCCUUGUUAGAUUCGUGUUCGCAAUUCUGCUUUAUGACCACGGCGUUUAGUCAAAAACUAAACCUCCGUGGAUUUCCCGACUACCUGGAAGUUCAAGGAAUCGGUGGUUUGAAAUCCAUAUCACGAAGACGAGUCACGGCUUGUGUCCUUCCCCGGUUCAGUAAUGUUUUGUCCUACAACGAGGACAUGUCGUUCUACGUUCUGCCUGAGUUGACAACGACACUGCCAGCUAAAAAGGUGAAUAUUGGUCGAUGGAAACCACCGUCUCACAUGGUUUUGGCCGACCCGCAGUUUUUCGAACCUGGGCCGAUCGACGUUAUCAUUGGAGCCGAAUUUUUCUUCGACCUCCUCACCGACGGUAGAAACAAGAUCUACGAGGGAGGUCCCACGCUACAGAACACAGUCUUCGGAUGGAUCGUUUCAGGACAAAUUUCUUCCCGACCAACGAAUCCACCGCAAACAGUGUCGCUUUCAUGCACACUUGCUGAUAUUCACAACCAGUUAGCACAUUUCUGGGAGCUGGAAUCCUGUAAAUCCAAUAGCAUCCAGUCCGUCGAGGAAUCGACGUGCGAAACAAUCUACGAUGAGACUACCACCCGUAAUGACAGUGGGAAAUUCGUAGUAUCUCUACCAAAAAAAGAAUUUGUCAUGCAGUUACUUGGAGAAAGUGAAGCAAUAGCCACCAAACGUUUCUUGGCAUUGGAACGACGACUUGAAGCUCAACCUGAACUGAAAAACCAAUAUCACCAGUUUAUUCAUGAAUAUGAGCAACUUGGUCAUAUGAAGUUAGUGGACUCCGGUGAUGCAGAGUUUCCUGUAUACUUUCUUCCGCAUCAUGCAGUCCUGAAGCCGGAUAGUACCACUACAAAACUGCGCGUAGUGUUCGACGCAUCUUGUAAAACGUCCACAGGGGUCUCACUAAACGAUGCUCUGAUGACAGGACCAGUUGUGCAGGAUGAUCUCAUGUCCAUCCAGCUGCGUUUCCGGCUUCAUAGAAUAGCCAUAAUGGCGGACGUCGAGAAAAUGUAUCGGAUGAUCCUGGUUUAUCCUUCCGAUCAACGGCUUCAGUGUAUCCUCUGGAGAAAAUCGACGCGAGAACCAAUUCGCACCUACCAGCUUACUACAGUAACUUACGGUACAGCGUGUGCACCAUACUUAGCAACCAAGAGUCUGCAGCGUUUAUCGGAACUUGGAUCAGAGAUGUACCCUUUGGCGGCGAGGGCACUGAAGAAUGAUUUCUACGUAGACGAUAUGCUGACCGGAGCAGACAAUAUUGAAACUGCGUCUCAGAUGAUGAAUGAAAUGAUCAAGCUUACGUCUUCCGGUGGGUUUAAUCUGAGGAAAUGGAGCUCCAACUCCAGUACACUUUUGGAUCUACUACCGGAUAAUCUCAUAAGCAGCCGGCCAGCCUUAGAACUUGAUUCAGCAAGCACGCUAGUGAAAACACUUGGCCUACUCUGGGACACCUCCACUGACUGUUUUAUCUUUCGGUCACCUGACUGGAAUAAAGACGCUGUCAUUACCAAGCGAGUCGUACUUGCAGAUACGGCACGCUUAUUUGAUCCUCUUGGCUUGGUGGGACCAGUUAUCGUUACGGCAAAGAUAUUCGUACAAGAGCUGUGGAAGGAGAAGUGUGACUGGGAUGACCCAUUACCCAAAUCGUACAGUAAUUUUUGGAUCGAAUACAGAAGAAAUCUAUCCGCACUCUCCUCGCUAUCCAUUCCUCGCAAAGCGUACGGAGCAUGCCUUUACUUACGCAGCACUACUUUUAGCGGUUCAGUGGAGAUACGUCUCAUCACGGCAAAAUCGAAGGUCGCUCCGCUAGAAGAUCUUAAACGGAAGAAAAAAGGUCCAGACGACUCCUCGACUGGAACUCUCCGGAGCGUUAUUGCUGGCUCAUCUUUAUCAGAAGUUUGUUGGUAG